AUGGAAGUUUUAGCGUUUAUAGAAGAGGCUGAACCCGACCACCACGGUUAUGAUGACUAUGAUGACUUCAUGAGGCAAACAAAGGAAAAUUACCAAAAGAUAGCCCUUAACUGUUGGAUCGCAGGAUUAAUAUAUUUAGUUACUUUGGGCCUGUCAUAUUGGUGCAUGAAGCACGCUAAAAAAAGGGAAAGACUUGCAGCGGAACGUGGAAUAGAUGAUGAAACAUAUUGUAAAGAAAAAUCGAAGAAAUCC